AUGACGGAUUUUGAUCAAAGAGACAUGUUGAUUAUUUCUUCACAAUGUACUGAUUUGAAGCUGAGGAAAGAUAUAAUCAAUAAAGUUUUCAGCAAGAUCCAUGAAAAAUUAGAUUUUCAUGGUCUUCCUUCUGUUAUCAAUAGAUACUGAUAUCAUCCAAAAACAGAGAUUGAUAAUUAUAUUAUAGAUGAAUUAAAAAAAAUUGUUCCACUUUUAGGAAAAAACGGUGUCUGAAUUAUGGCAGAAGUAAUUAGCAGGCUUUCCCAAGUGAAUAUAAAUGAUCAUUUAGAGCUAUAUAAUGCAAUAUCAUCCUUAUUCAAAGAAUUGGCUUUAAAUAAUGUUGGAAAAUUAUCAUUCACAGAUUGUGAUAAAUUGCUGGAUUUAGCUCAUAAGAAUAUGCUCACCGAUCUUAAUUUUGCUCAAAUAAUCUGUCAAAAUCAAAUGAAUAAUAAAUUGGCUAAUAAUGAGAACAAAAGAGAGCAGCUCAUUGAAAAAAUAAAAACAGUAGGAUUAUCUGACAAAAAUGCAGUCUUAGCAGUUUGUAAUAAGAAAAAUAAUUUUAGAACAGUUUAUUUAGCAGAAACCAUUUCAUGUUUGGCAGAAUUAAGAUUUGAAAAAGAGGUAUGGGCUAACCAAAUGGUUAAGGAUUAA